AUGGGUGUUAAAGAGUUGAAUUUAAACGAAGAAUUGGAUAUUACUGGAUUCUCAAAGAAAUGGGUUUUGAACAAAUUGGACAAACAUUGUGACGACUAUGUUGCUGCCAAAGAGGAUAGAAAAGUUGUUGAUGUGAGUAAGCAUUGAAUUUCGAAUUUGAGGUUAUGUGAAAAAUGUAAAAUACGAAAUUAGAUACUGCGAGCUAAAAAUAAUUUUUAAAUAAUGCUUUUUAGAUAGAAGCCAACGACGUUUCUGAUGGCAAAGGCUUCUUGUCGAGAGUCUUUAUCACAAAAAUUACUUUCGACGAUUUUACUGAUUAUGUUUUGGCCAUGAAAGUACCAACAUACGAUAUCCUAGAAGAGAAAUUCAAAACUAUGGAUGGAGUUGAUGUAAGUUGCCAUAAGAAGUGUUAAAUAAAAAAAAAUUUAAAUUUGGAAAAUUAGUAUUAAUCCAUUGUCUAAUUCUGAAUGAGUUAACGUAAUUUUUAUAUAUUUUAGCUCAUUUAUAUUUGGACAAAAUAAUGCAAAGCAUUACCAAUAUUUUGCCUUAACAUUUUGAUCAAUAACCCCACUAAACCAAGAUUUUCAGCAAGCAAGCGCUGAAGAAAUGAAAAAAAGUUUGGCCGAUGCUCAUAAUAUUGAAUGUGAUGCCAUUACUAUGGUAGACUCAUUCAAAGACUUUCCAUCGCCCAAAAUAUAUUACACUGAAAAGUCGAACCGAGGCUUUGAAUCUGGCCUACCAAACAGAGAUUCGCCAGGAAUAAUCAUGAUGACAGCCAUAAAUGGCGCUUCCUUGGGUGCUUUUAGAACUGUCACUAAAGAACAAUGUCUAAACUUUGUCAGAGACUUUGCAACGCUUCAUGACUGCAUCGCUCAGAUGCCAGAAAAAGAAUGGAAGAACAAGUUUCAAAGUGAAUUGCAUUGGCAGAAGGAUAUGUUUGAGACAGCCAAAUGUGCUAUUGAUAAAGUUCAUCAAGUUUUUCCGGGUAAGGAUUUGUAUAAGUAUUAAAAAUGUUAGAGUAACCUGAGAACUGUAGCUUUGUAAGAGUGCGGAAGUAAAACAAAGUCUGUUGACUCGACUUGUGAAACAUAAAAUAUUAAGCUUUUUUAGAAAUUUCUGAAAUCACCAACAUCUUUAAAACCCUGAAUUGGCAAAACUACACAAAGUAUGCUUUACAUGAUCGACCAGCCGCACUGAAUGCUUGGACUUAUAUUCACGGUGAUACGUGGACGAACAACAUUAUGUUCAAGAAACACGAAGAUGGCAGUGUGUCAGAUGAAGUUCUGGCUUAUAUUGACUAUCAAAUUGGAUUUGAAGGUAAAUAAUAUUUACACAGCUUCAGUAGACAAAUGCGACAUAUUAUAUUGUUAUAGGUUAAAUAUUAUAUAUAAGUUUUGCGCAUAGAAUAAUUUUUUCUGUUAGUGGUACGAUAGUUAUCGUUAAAACUAAAAAUAUAUUAAUAUACUUUAAGGUAACCCUCUCUUUGACAUUGUUCGCUUCUUUACGUUCUGUGCUGAUGGUGAAGUUCGAAGAGAAGUCAAAGAUAUUGCACUUAAAACAUACCACGAUCGAUUGACAGAGUUGUACAGCAAACGUGGUGCUAAUUUGCCGUACACUUUAGAAGCUGUAAGUUUCGAAUUUUAUGUUAAAGUUUUAAUACCUAAAAACUAGCUCAAAAAAUUUUUUUAAAUAAGCGGUUAUACCCCAUUUUUUAAAAGUUUAUGAUUAACAUAUGAUAAUGGUUAUAUAGUUUUAGUUAAGUAAAUUUCAACCCUUAAUUUAUGCUGUCUUUCAGUGCCACGAGCUCUACGACCUAGCCUACCUUCACCAAGCCUACAUGUACACCAUGAUGGCCACAUUUAUGGAGAAAGAAGGUGUAGGGUUAUAUACUGAAGAAGUACGCGAAGCACAAAUAGCCAAAAGUUAUCUGAGGUGUAAAUUUGUCAUGAUUGAUGCUUUGAAAGUAUGGGAAAGUCGGAACUUAGCAAAGUUUAGAUUUUUGCCUACUCCAAAAGAGCUUUAA